CUCGAACCAACUGAUGAACCAGCCACGAUACAGAUAUGGGCGACUCCAGGCCAUCACCACCUCAUCGAAGGAGAUUUCCCACGAUUAGGCCAAGAACCGAUGCCCGAUGGCACAACCUCUUUUAUAAUUAUAUGUGCGCAGGUCGACGCGGAGGCACAGGUGACGGCAUAUCGCUUUUCUCUAUAGGACCAUUGGAUUGGCCUCUGCCCUCUGGGUCUGCAACCUCAUCGGAAUGGAUACCCACACUCGUUGCAUCAAUGCUAGUCGCCAGUUUUGGUGGAGAUGUCAGAGAGGUGUGUUGUAGGACAUUGAGAUUUGGUCAAAGUCGUGUGGAGGACUGGUACUACAUAAAGGCUCCUGUUGACCACGUCCCCGGUGGGUGAUACCGUGAUGCUAUUGCUGGUCUUGGUCUCCAGCUUUCGUGCCAGUCUUUUACGUCUGUUGCUUGUCGCUCGUGGCUUCACACUGCCAUGGCUGGAUUGCGUCCAGCGUCCAGCGUCCAGCGUCGGUCCGAAUUAACCCGUGAACAAAGCGAGUACGUCCUACGACGAGACGGCGACAGCGUCGAGACCGGCAACGACUGCUACCCUACCUCCGGAACCUGGACCAGCCCCUUCGACCCCGCGACACACAGCGUGCCCAGCGAUGUCUCCAUCGACCAUCUGGUGCCGUUGAAGAACGCUUGGAUUGCGGUCAAGGCUUCCUACGGCUUGACCGUUAGCUCUGCCGAGUACUCGGUCCUGGGGGGACAUGCUCAACUCUUGCUGAAGGGGGGGCAGCUUGGGCAAAUUGAACUGGCAGGAUCGAACUUUUCUUUAUAUCGUAUUGUUUUCUGGCAAGGGGUCAUCGGUCGUCGGCAAUGCCACCAGAGAAGAAAGACUUUCCUGCACCGGUUUUGCCUCAUAUUGUACAUAUCCGCUUCUCCAGGCUUACAUUUCAGACACGGGAGCACUUCCCAAGUUCCCUCGUGCAAAGAGAGCACAGCAAAGAGCAAAGAGCAAAGCCGCUGAUAUUGUCCAGGGUCCUCCCAACACCCAA